GCCUCAGUGCGGCGCAGCAAACUUCUCUGUGGUCGAAAAUGGACGCUCAAAUCUCAAGGACCGCUCAAGUCGCGGUCUCACGACUACAAGUUCGCCCAACACAUUGUCCUGCACCCUCAUCAAAAUGUCAUUCAAUGAUCUCGCUCCAGAACUGCUCUCGAUUAUUGUAACGUGUCUUCGCGAGUCUGGAGGGCAAUUGUCCAAAUAUGCGACAAUUUCUAGCGCCUUCCGCGGAGCUAUCGAGUCUGCCCUGUUCGCAAAAUUGACACUCCGGUCAAAUGAAUUUGACGAUUUCAAGCGGAUUGUGAAGCCUGACUCACCUGGUCGACGAGAGCUUCUCAGUGUCCUCAUGAUAACAGUCUUGCUUCCUCCUUAUGAGGAUGCCGAAUGCGCGUUCUACGAGCGCGAGCCCGACCGAACAUCGAACAACGAGUCGAUAACCAAAACAUUCUUCACACUCUUCGAGAUGUUGUCGCAAUGUCCUAAAUGCACAUCUGCCCGUCCUAUCGAAUUGCACAUAUGGCAAUUUCACUCUCCAACGGAUUAUCCGCAUAGGGCGACAUCGACCCAGGACAAAUGGGACGCGGAUAUGAGCAAGCGCCACGACCUUUUUCGUCAUCGAUACGAGCACUCGUAUCUCUGCUUUGUGGAAGAUGACUUCGUUAAGCUACCAAUUGUGCCCCGAGUUACGGAGUUAUUUUUCCGCGGAGGCGUAGAUCGACACGUAGCUCCUGCUGCAGCUGCUAUGCUUGCACAAAAACUUCCAAACCUCAACAAAAUCGGUUGGGGACUAUACGACAAUGAUAGCAGACGUCCAGAGCUCCGCUCCACUUUACGCCAAGAGUUUUCUCGAUGCCUGACUGCUUUGCGAACGCCAAAUUUGAGACACUUCAGGCUCGUGUACCUAAACAUAUCACCAAGCAACGAAGGAUUUCGCAAUGCUAAUCUCAUGGGAGCUGACGGCUGUGAUCCUCUGAGUACUCACCUUCGUUUGUAUUUACAGACUUGCGAUCUUGUCACGAUCCAGCUCACAGGGCCAAUUUGUCUUGGGCCCGAGUUCUUUUGGUCGGCUACACUGCAAACGGAGCUGGGAACGGGAUGGCCAGCUUUGAAAACCUUUGAUAUUGACCUGUCCCUUGUACGUCCUGAUGGUGGCUGGUAACUCCAACGUGACCCUCAUGCCAUCAUAGACCCUGAUGAUGAGGAUGAGGAUUUCGACCCACAUCAGGCUGAUGACGAUGAUACUUUAUCCGAUAGCUCCGGCCCCUCCUCCUCAUUUGACGGGUCUGAAGACUCUUUCUUUGAAGAAGGCGAACGCAAACCGGAGCAAUACGAUUAUG